AUUUUAUUGCUUUUUGGAGGAAAAAUAAAAAGUUAUUUUUAUUUAUUUAUACCGCGCCGUUAAUGAAGAUGGAUUUAGACUCAGAAAGGCGUAAAGCUAGAAGAAGAUCCUGCUUGAUCCGUCUUUGAUCUAAUAUUCUCCAUUUUUACGGGUUUUGAUAAUUUACAGGUAUAUGGGUUUUGUUGGAUCGAGACGCGAUCGCGGAAAGUAGGAAAAUUCAGGGAAGCAAAAAGGGAAGGAAGGGAUAUUCGAAACCCUAAUUUAUAUUGUAUCUUCAACUUCUACGAAAAGCAUCGAUUGAGACGAAAAAACUGCAGUUUUUCUGAUUUAGUUAGAGCUUUGCAUCGGAUUUGAUUGUUGGGCUAGUGUUUGAUUUUUCUGGGUUUGGCCUGAUGGGUUUCUUAAAGAAGUUAACGGGGAUUUUCGGGUUCGGGCACAACGAAGGUGGGCACGGAGUUGCGAGAGAUGACGAUGGUGACAGAGAUAACACUGGAACAGUCUCCGGCGACGGAGAUAAACGCCGGGAGGAUAAUCAGCCGAGAUUCCGUGAAACCGGGCUUCCAAGGAAAGGUUUUGGAGUUCCGGUUCAAGUCGCCGUUGAACGAUCCAAUCCUGGUCCUAUUCUUCAGCCUUGUGCAGCUUCAGACGGUGGAGUUCAGGGACUACGUUGGUACUCAAUGCGGUUAAAGAUGGAUGAAGACGGAGAUGUUGCAGAUGAGUUCUUGGAAGAUCAUAACUGUAAGACUUUGCCAAAAAGAUGCAAAACAAAAGCUGCAAAAGUGAGAGGUUUAGUGAUAUCUUCUGAUGGGAAGCUUCAGCCAUUAAUGCACUGAGAAAUGAACACCAAGGAGAAAGAUUUGCUGAAUAGUGUGUGAUUGAAUCAGAGAAAGGGUAGAAUAUGUGUUUCAUUAGCCAUUUAAUCUCGAUAUGAGUCGCUGGUUGUUGAUACUUUGAGAACUUUAAAAAAAAAUGUUAUUUAACUGUGAAUUUUGUUUAGUGAAUCUCUCUGUUGGGUUGUCUGAAAACGUACGCUCAAUUGUUGGAGUACUACAAGUUCUCUGUGUUUACAUACACAGUACCUCC